UUCUUUCUUUUGGGUCUCUGAAUUCUCUGCGUGAAGCAACAAAAGUCUUCUCUUUCACACCUCUUUCUCUCAACUCCCAUAUGGUUUUUUAACAAUCAUCUUCUAGGGUUUUCACAUCCCUCCUCUUCUUCAAUGGACAUCUUUUCCUCCUUGUUCCCAUAUGGGUUUUCAUCAUCUUCCCAUCAAUUCAGCCAUAAUCUGAUUCACAGAGGGUAAGCAGUUGAUGUUUCAUCCUAAAACCUUUCUUUUUUGAUGGCUUAUCAUCUGUCAAAUUUGUAGUUUUUUUUUUUUAUUGGUUUGGAGUGUUCAUCUAAAAAAAAAACUAAGUGUCUUGGGGUUUUUUGUUGGAAUUUUUAUAAUAUAAGUUUGAGGGGAGAUAUGGAGGAGGUUGAAGCUGCUAAUAAAGCUGCUGUUGAGAGUUGCCAUAGAAUUCUUAGCUUGUUGGCUCAGCCCCAAGAUCAGGUUCAGUCCAAAAACUUAAAGAUACAAACAGGGGAAGCAGUGGUUAGAUUCAAGAAAGUUGUAUCUCUACUUGAUAAUGGCUUAGGUCAUGCUAGGGUUAGAAAGGUCAAGAAAUUUUCAACCCAUAUCCCUCAAAACUUACUAAUUGACAACCCCACCAGAAUCAUCCCCAGAACAGAUCACCAAAACCCACCAAAACCCCUUCAACUUCUCCUUGAGGCUCACCCAAUUCAAGAAAUUGGUCCAAAUGCUGUUAAGAACAACACUCUUUCUUUAGGGAACCAUCAACCUUCACUCGAAUUGAGCUCUAAUGGGAAGUGUUCCAUCCAACUUUCCCAAAAUACCCCUCACCACCACCCUUCUUCUAACUACCAUUUCCUUCAACAACAACAACAACAACAACAAAAGUACCAGCAACAUGUACAGCUGAAACAGCCGCAGGCUGAGAUGAUGUAUAGGCGUAGUAAUAGCGGAAUUAACUUGAAUUUCGAUAGCUCCACUUGCACACCCACAAUUUCAUCCAAUAGGUCUUUUAUGUCUUCAUUGAGUAUUGAAGGGAGUGUAGCUAAUUUGGAUGGGAGUUCUUUUCGAUUAAUCGGGUCAUCUCGUUCGGCUGAUCAAGCCACAUAUCAACACAAAAGGAGGUGUUCUGCUAGAGGUGAUGAUGGAAGUGUGAAAUGUGGGAGUUCUGGUAGAUGUCAUUGCUCCAAAAAGAGAAAACAUAGGAUUAAGAGGUCAAUCAAAGUACCUGCUAUUAGUAACAAGCUUGCAGAUAUCCCUCCUGAUGAGUAUUCUUGGAGGAAAUAUGGCCAAAAGCCUAUCAAGGGUUCUCCUCAUCCAAGGGGUUAUUAUAAGUGCAGCAGCAUGCGAGGCUGCCCGGCAAGAAAACAUGUGGAGAGGUGCUUGGAAGAUUCAACUAUGCUUAUCGUCACCUACGAAGGUGAACAUAACCAUCCAAGGUUACCUUCUCAAUCCGCAAAUGCCUGAAAAAUCUUGAUAUAAGUUAGUCUCGUGUUACCUGUUGUUAGUGGAAUCUUUCUUUGAUCGGCUUGAAUUGCUCCUGUAUAUAUAUUUAACGGGGUUUAGGGGAUUUUUGGAGCUAGAAUUCGGGCUUUUAUAAAACAACCUUUUGAGGGUUCAGGGAGGCUAGCUUGAUCAAACCGUUUCGUGAUGCUGUAGGGGGUUCGUUUAAUCGUUAUGAAUGGUCGUUUUCGUUAUUCUUUCUUUCUUUCUUUUUCCUUUCAGUUUGACUAGAUUAGUAGUGUAGGUUGUCGUCUUUCGGGUAAUUCGGGUCUGUGAUCGGCUAAAACGAGUCACCAUUGUUGAAUGUUGGAUUAACUUGAAGAAGGAUGAAAGAACUUUGAUGGUGCAAAUUGUUGAUUUUGAUUUGUGAUUC